AUGGGCCUGAAUAUCGGGUCACCAGCAGCACUUCUAAGUUCUUUUACUACAUCUACCUCACCUUCGCGCCAAUGCGAUGCCUCACCACAGUUGAUGUCACUUCGACGGAACACCAACGAACAACACGCGAACAUUCCUCUGGCCUACCUCAACUACCUGCACUUCAUCCAUCAACGUGACACAACUCCAACUUCCAAUUCUCAUUACUCCGAUGCACAGCCAGAACUUCACAUUCCAUCCUGCCACGACAACUCUCUCCCCACCCUUCUCCAACGCGUCCACCCCACUCCCAGCUACCUCCGAUGCACUCGACCUCGACGCUCUAGGACCACCUUCAGCACCCACCAGCUGCGUGUGCUUGAAACCGCCUUCAACACCAAUCACUAUCCCGAUGUGUCCGUGAGGGUCCGACUGGCCACUCAACUGGACCUCACGGAUGGCCGCGUACAGGUUCGUGUGUGUGUGUUUACGUCUUUACCUAAGGAAAUGGGGCGCAGUUGCAGUGGGCCUGGAAUAUUGCUGUCUCUCGACUGUUCAAAUGGUCCAUAUUUGAGUAGGUUUUAUUAUCUAAUAAACCAAGCGUGA